ACGGAAUCCGCUGCCUUUUUUCUCAACUUUUUUUCACCGCUCCGCAGCCGCUGCUGCUGCUGUUAUUAAGACAAGGAGAAAGGAAGUAGCGACCGGCUAGCUGGUUAGCCCGUCUGAAAUCAUUCCGCCUGUGAACAAAGAGUGGAAUUUUUAAAGACAUUUUUGGGUUUCUUCUUCGUUGAAACAACCCUUCGUCAUUUUUUAUCUACACGUUGAAAGAAGGAUGCGGUUUUUCUUCUUCCUCGGUGUUGUUGCAGUGUCUCUCCACCCCGGUUUUGAACCCUCAAAUGAUUGAGUCAACACACUGACUGAGCUUUGUCUGUGUCUGCAUACCCACUGCUCUUAUUCUGCUUGAUACACGUCGUUUUUCGUUUCUGUCAAGAGGAGAAAACAAGAAAACGGCUGAAAGGCUCGCGCCCUGGUUGUUGUACAUUACAUUUUUAAAAUGGGGAAUGCUGCUGAGGAGUAAGACAAUGAGACUAACUGCCGAGAAAGGUGCUGUGUGGUGAGACAGGCAUGCUGAGGCCACUCCCCCUGGCUCAGGAUGAGUGUCAGAGAUGGUGCUGCCACCAUGGCGACAAAUGCAGGUGGAGGAGGGGGAGGUGGGCUCACCAGCCCUAACGAUGACCGUACAUACAUGCUUCAGAUCUACCCACGGCUGGCUUCCCAGACCACCACCUGCUGCACCCUCAGAGUGCAUAAGGAUGCAACCACAGCCUCAGUGAUCUCAGACACUGCCGCGACUCUGGGGCUGGACCCCAGUCGUCUGUACGUGCUGGCAGAGGUGAAGGAAUGUGGUGGGGAGGAGUGGGUUCUAGAAGCUGGAGACUUGCCGGUACAGAGGUUUCUGCUUUGGCCCCGAAAAGCCCAAGAACAGCAUCCUCGGAGUCUUGGCUUUUACUUCGUGUUACAGGAGAGGAAUUACGAUGGCUCCAUUCAGUAUGUCCACCUCCCACCUUUGUCCAAGGAGCAAGAGGUACACCGACUCGCUGCCAGGGGCUUCCUCCCCCCUCCCCAGGAUGAUUUUGCAGACCUCUGUAACCUCCCUGUCCUCACUGAGGACAGCAUAUUAAACAAUCUACGGACACGCUUCCACAAGAAAAAAAUCUACACGUAUGCAGGCAGCAUCUUCAUUGCCAUCAACCCAUUUAAGUUCCUGCCCAUCUACAACCCUAAAUACGUCAAGAUGUACGAGAACCACCAGCUGGGCAAACUGGAGCCUCAUAUAUUUGCUAUUGCAGACGUAGCCUACUAUGCAAUGCUCAGGAAGAGGGUCAACCAGUGCAUUGUCAUCUCUGGGGAGAGCGGCUCAGGCAAGACCCAGAGUACCAACUUCCUGAUCCACUGUCUGACAGCACUCAGCCAGAAGGGCUAUGCCAGCGGGGUGGAGAGGACGAUUCUGGGGGCUGGACCAGUCCUGGAGGCCUUUGGGAAUGCGAAGACGGCUCACAACAACAACUCCAGUCGAUUUGGUAAAUUCAUCCAGGUCAAUUAUCUGGAGAGUGGAGUGGUCCGAGGAGCUGUGGUGGAGAAAUACCUCCUGGAGAAGUCUCGACUGGUUUCCAGAGAGAAGAACGAGAGGAACUAUCAUGUGUUUUACUACCUGCUGUUGGGUGCUUCUGAGGAGGAAAGAAAGGAGUAUAAACUGCUGCCACCUGAAGAGUACUUCUACCUCAAGCAGGAAAAUUUUAAGAUCGAAGAUGAGGAAGAUUUGCGUCACGACUUUGAAAGGCUGCAGCAGGCUAUGGAGAUGGUUGGCUUCCUUCCAGCCACUAAGAAACAGAUCUUUUCUGUUCUCUCUGCCAUCCUUUAUCUCGGCAACGUGACUUACAGCAAAAAGUCAACGGGCCGAGAUGACGGGUUGGAUGUGGGACCUCCGGAGGUCCUGGCUACUCUCUCUGACCUGCUGAAGGUUAAAGACGAACUGCUGGUCGAGGCGCUGACCAAGAGGAAAACGGUGACGGUCAACGACAAGCUGAUUCUCCCCUACAGCCACUCUGAGGCAAUCACAGCCAGAGACUCCAUGGCCAAGUCUCUGUACAGCGCCUUGUUCGACUGGAUAGUCCUGCGCAUCAACCAUGCACUGCUCAACAAGAAAGACAUGGAGGAAUCUGUCUCUUGCUUGUCCAUCGGUGUCUUGGAUAUUUUUGGCUUUGAGGACUUUCAGACAAACAGCUUUGAGCAGUUCUGCAUCAACUAUGCAAAUGAGCAGCUGCAGUAUUACUUCAACAAUCACAUUUUUAAUCUGGAACAGGAAGAGUACCAAGCUGAGGGAAUCACCUGGCACAACAUCGACUACACAGAUAAUGUGGGCUGCAUCCAUCUUAUCAGCAAAAAGCCCACUGGCCUCUUGUACCUCCUGGAUGAGGAGAGCAACUUUCCACGCGCCACAGAUGAAACCUUGUUAGCCAAAUUCAAGCAGCAGCAUCAAGGGAACAAAUACUUUGUGCCCACACCGGUCCUGGAGCCCGCUUUUGUCAUUCAGCACUUUGCAGGGAGAGUUAAAUAUCAUAUUCAGGAUUUCCGGGAGAAGAACACAGAUCACAUGCGUCCAGAUAUUGUAGCUCUGUUGAGAAGCAGUGAUAGAGCGUUUGUGCGACAGCUCAUCGGCAUGGACCCGGUGGCCAUGUUUCGGUGGGGGAUCCUGCGAGCUACCGUCAGGGGCCUUGCUGCUUUCAAUGAAGCUGGUCGCUCCUGGGCAGCUAAAAAGUCAGGUGUUAUCCGCCCAGUUUCCAGAACUCCUUUAGGAGAACUGAAACGAUCCAAUACUCCAAUUGAAAGAGUGUACAAACGAGCUUCUAUGCUCGAUUUCUACUUUGAUCACUCAGAGGAGCGCCCUCUAGAGGCCUUUGAAGACAUCUUUGCUAGCUUUGAGAAAAAGAAAGAUAUGCAUGCAGAGAUCAUCAGCUCCAUUAAGAACUUGCAGCUGGAUGGGGAGGACCCUCGCAGGCUGCUGCAAUCCUGGGGUCGCCUCCGUUUCCCACGACACAUCCUCCAGAAAAACAAGAGUGUCAAACAGAGGCAGGUCAUCCCAAAGAGUUUGCUGGAUUCAAGAUCUUUGAAAUUCAUUGUGAGCCUAACUCUGCACGAUCGCACCACAAAGUCUCUGCUUCACCUGCACAAGAAGAAGAAGCCGCCCAGCAUCAGCGCCCAGUUUCAGAACUCUCUGACUAAACUCUUAGAGACUCUAAACAAAGCAGAACCUUUCUUCAUCCGUUGUAUCCGCUCCAACGCUGAGAAGAAGGAGAUGUACCUGGAUGAGGCCCUGGUGCUUAAGCAGCUGCAUUACACAGGAAUGCUGGAAACUGUUCGCAUCAGGAGGUCGGGCUACGGAGCCAAGUACACCUUCCAGGAGUUUGUGCAACAGUUCAGAGUUUUGCUGCCAAAGAACUCUUCUGCCUCCAAGGAGGACAUCAUGGAGCUGCUGGAAAAGAAAAUGGGCCUGGACCCCACCACAUUCCAGAUAGGCAAAACCAAGGUGUUCCUGAAGGAGCUGGAGCGACAAAAGCUGCAGGACGUUCUACACAAAGAGGUGAUGAGGAAGAUCGUCUUCCUUCAGCGCUGGUUCAGAGCUCGACUGCGUAGGCAGGAGUUUUUGGACAUGAGAACAGCAGCCAUCUUGAUCCAGUGUUUAUGGCGUAGGUACUGCAGGGAGGAGCAGAAGAGACGAGCAGCGACUCUGAUCCAGGCGUUGUGGAGAGGAUACAGCCAGAGGGCACAGUUCCACCGACAAAGACAGGGAGCCACAAAAAUACAAGCCCUGGUCAGGGGACACUCUGCACGCAAACGGUGUCAGUCCAUUCGCGAGGAGAAACGAAAGAAAGAGGAGGAGGAGGAAGAGGCCAGGAGGAGAGCAGAAGAAGAAGAAAGGCGGAAGAGAGAAGAGGAGGAAGAGGCAAAGAGAAAAGCAGAAGAGGAAGCGAGACUGAGACUGGAAGAAGAAGCAAGGAGGAGAGCAGAGCAGGAGGAAGCAGCAGCCAGAAAAGCCCAAGAACAGGGCAAGGAAGAGGAGAAAAGAAUUAGAGAACCAGAUCUAGAGCUGGUGGCAGAAGAAAUUCUAGAUGAACAUCCCCUGGUUACAGAGGAGGAGCAAAGCAAAGAUGAAGAGCUGGAGGAUGAGGAGCAGGAUUUGGAGAUUACUGCAACCGUGGCUGGGUCUCAGCCAGAUGAGAGUGAAGAAGAGGAGGACUUAGAGGAUCAAACACGAGGACAGCAAGAUUCAGAACCUGUUCUGCUUUCAGAGGAAGUCACUUCCAACGCACUUACACCCACAGCUCCACCUCAAGGGGAGGACAAGCUGUCCAGCACUACCUCUACAACUCCACAUGCUGAAGAACAGCCCUCUCUUUCCAUGAAGUGCUCUUCAUCCAGGAGUAUGAAGAAGAGAGAGGAGAGGAGACAGAGAGGACUGGAGCAUAACAAGAGAGAGACUGAACGAGCCGCCGCCACCUCUUCCUCUUCUACAACCAUCGACAAAGAUCAGAAAUCAUCACCAAAGAGCAGAAACCAGGAGACGUCGAAGCUCAAGGAGAGAUCGGACAGCAAGGAGCUGGACCAGUAUACCUUCGUGGCCUGGAAGGUGAAAGAUGAUAAGGGAGGAAAGAAGGAGGCUAGAAGUUCUCCUCCUCCAGUUGGUCCUGUGCGACCCACUACAUUACCCCUGCAGCCGGCUAACUCUCCACACGAGAAGAACGGUUUAAGCGAAGGAGUCGGAUCGACAACUCUACAGCGGCGUCCUGGAGCUAUAAAGGAGAAGCCGGAGAAGUGGAGGGAAAGGAGGAGCAAUGGGGAAAACUGCGAAGGCACCAGCUCUCCUCCGCUUUACAACCGAGAAGACAAAAGGAAGAAAUCACCGCUGAGUGAAACCACGUACUCGUUAUCUGACAGCUUAUCUCCAAAUUCUGAAGGAGCCAGUGCCAUUUCAGUCAGAGAGAAAAGUAUCUCUCUUGAGAGUCACAAUGAAAAAGGAGGCUCCAUCAGAAAGAGACACCAAGACGGUUCUGGUUCUCAGGAUUCCGCCCACCCCAUCACCUCCACGCCAGACAAGUCCGGUGGUUUCUUCAAGUUUUUGAAGAAACGAACCAAAGAAGCCCAAACUCCCGACAACGGAGAGCUGACUUUUGCUCAGAGUAUCAAUGACAAGUCAACACCAGGGGAAGCACCUCCCUCUGGUCACUUGUCCCGGCCUCCCGCUCAGCCCCAAGGUGACCGCACCAGUAAACCUUUGGGCAGAAAUCCCACUAUUAAGAUCAGUCGUGCCACGCGGGUCUCUGAGCAGUGGAACGCCUCGCUGGACAGAGAGAUCACAAAUGCCAACGAGCUGCGGCACCUCGAUGAAUUUCUGGGCAACCAGGUCAACAAUUUCCGAUCCAGAGGUAUGUCGAUGACAGAAUCCAUCUUUGUCAAAGCCACCAUGCAGUUCAGGGAGCACAUAAAAUCCAUGUAUUCCUUCACGAAGCCCACCAUGGGCUACAAAGGGUUAAUGUCAGGCUACCAGAACAUGGUGAUCCACCAGGCGGGCAGCGGAAACCAAGAGGACAUCACCCUCGUGGUCAACCUGUUCCAGUCGAUGCUGGACGGCUUCAUCAGAGGAGAAAUAAAGAAGGAGGAGGCUGAACCUGCAAAGCCUGCCAAGAUUAGAAAAAAGAGGAGGAAAAAAGAUAAAAGUAUGGAGAGCCCCCUGGACCACGGUUUUGUCAACUAUCAGGUCAGCAUCGUGCAGUCAUGUGACCAGUGUAGCUCCUACAUCUGGGGCAUGGAGAAAGCCUACAUGUGCAACUAUUGUAAAAUGGUGUGCCACAAGAAGUGCCUUAGCAAGAUAAGCACCGACUGUACCACCUUUUGUGCCAGAAAGAGUGAUGAAGAGGUCACUGGACAGCACUUUGGGGUGCGUGUGUGUCGCCUGGUGAGUGAAAAGAACCCGGUGCCAGUGGUGCUGGAGAUGAUGCUGGAGCACGUGGAGAUGCACGGCCUCUACACCGAGGGCAUCUAUCGCAAAUCCGGCUCUGCUAACCGCAUGAAAGAGCUGCACCAGCGGCUGGAGACAGACCCCCAUCUAGUCAUCCUGGAGGAUUAUCCCAUCCACACGGUGACUGGCCUGGUGAAGCAGUGGCUGCGGGAGCUGCCAGACCCACUCAUGACCUUCGCUCAUUACAAUGACUUCCUUCAUGCUGUGGAACUACCAGAGAAACAGGAGCAGCUUCAUGCCAUCUAUAAGGUGGUGGAGGAGCUCCCCACAGCCAACUUCAACGUGUUAGAGCGACUCAUCUUCCACCUUGUCAGGGUCUCUAAAGAAGAGGUUCACAGCCGCAUGUCCGCCAACUCACUGGCCAUUGUGUUUGCACCGUGUAUCCUACGUUGCCCAGACAGUGCUGACCCGCUGCUCAGCAUGAAAGAUGUUGCCAAGACAACGAUAUGUGUGGAGAUGCUCAUCGUUGAGCAGACCAGGCGCUACAAUGAGAAGAUGGAGGAGAUUGAUCAGCUGGAGUUGGCGGAGAACAUGGCCGUCAACCAGCUCAAACUCAAGAGACAGAACACGCCCUGCCUGCAUUUACCUCUCAGGUUCUCAGCUCCUUACAAAGGAGUGGUGAUGCAUGAGAAAGCGAGCUCUCACCUCAGAGAUGUCCCCGAAAACGAGCCACUGGACUCGGACACCGAGGCUGAGAAGAACCUGAUGGAGCGCAUCAAGUCUAUCAAACGGGAGAAAGAGGACCUGGCCUGUCGGCUCCCAGAGAUGGAGCAGCUAGGUUCAGACCAGGAGAACCUGGACUCGGAAGCGUCACUAAGCUCUGAGAGUCUUCUGGAUGAACAGCAGCGUUCUUCCAUUAACAGCUCCGAUCCAGAAGGACAAUGUGCUGCCAGGCUGAGGAGACAAAAGGCUGUUAGUUUGAUAAAAUCAUCAGAUCUGGCCCAGCGCCCUCAGGUCCCAGCUGGACGUGUCCCUGUGGCUAACCUCACCCCUGCCAGCUCCACUUCCUCCCUAUCUAGCUGCACUUCCUCAGCCUCUGAAUCGUCCAACCCCUUCUCCAAACCCCUUCUGCAGUGCUGCAGCCCCGUAAUCCCAGACACAGUUAAGCUCCCCCCAGGUGUCCGUCCUCAGGCAGCAGCCUCAAACUCAGCUCAGACUAGGACGCCUCCUGGAAAUGGAGCAUUGUCUCAGUCAGUGAAGAAGAGGGACCAGGCUGUCCGCCGUAAAGACAGCACCCAAUCUCUUUACAUCAAACAUCCUGAAUGUGACCUGUUGCUUCAUUUUUCCACCUGCCCUCCGUCUGCUUCUUCCUCGUCAUCCUCCAUCGCCAUGGUUACACUCUCACCUCCGCUUCAGCGCCACAAACAGAUAGAAAACUCCAAGGAUCAGAGACGCUUUUCUAACCCAGAAGUCCCAAACGUGGACUUGGAUGUCUGACUCGGGCAAAAACAAAAACAAAGAACGGUUAAAAAAGAAACGAUGUACGAUUCUGCAUCCAGAACUGAGGAGGGGAUGAAAGCCCCAACACAGGAACAGGACUGUAUGUGCGAGUGUAACUGAGAGAAUGUGAUGAAUCAGAUUGAAGUGAUGGUGAGCAGCAGCUGUUACAGCUUCUGCCUGAGGAAAACUAAUGAAAGUGUUUUUGUUUGACAGUUAAAAAAAAAUAACUGGACAAGUUGUUGCCAAGCACCUUUUUCUAUUUUAUGUUGUGGUUUGUGUUGAUGGAGUCAGUUUGACUACAGGCUCCAGGUUCUGUAUUCUCACUUUUUUAUUGUGUAACAAGAAAAUAUUGCAGGUUACAAAUGUCCUCUUUGUUCUCCAAGUGAGCAAAAUGUGCUCAAUGAAUUGUUUGCCAGUGCCUUGAUGUCGUGCAUUGAGUUGAUGAACUCACUUCUCACCAUUUUUAAAGCGGGAGGGUCAUUUAGAAUGAAAAUAAUUACGUGUCCCAGAUUUCCGACAUGAGCCACGUUCAAACCAAGGACCUAAUCAUGAAUGUUCUGUUUUACUUCAUACCUGCUGCACAACACACACCAGAUAGGAAGUUAUUGCUUUCAGUUAGCAAAGGGAAAUGGAAGCAGCACAUGCCACUUUCUCCAAAAAACAAAAUAACAAAUCUGACCAUGAGGCUACGGAUAUCUUCUCAAGUUCCUGGGAGUCACCCGUCUAGUAGAAGGAACGUGAUUUCACUGGGCUGCAGACGAACGAUGAGUUCUGCUGAAGCACAGCCUCGGCCAACGUUGUACAGAAUGAAAUGUAAUACUAAUGUCUCUCUGUGACUGCUGAAUGGUGUUUGUGUGGGUUAUGAGAAAGAUGUUCUGAUGUGUAACGGUGUGUGUUGGGACUGAAUGACAAGAGCUGUAAAGGUUGUUAGUAUUAACGUGGAAAUACAGUACAUGAUGCUUCGAA